UAUAAACUCCUAUAUGCAUAUCAGCAUCAAUCAUAAGAUAGCAAAAGGUAACACAUUAAUGACUCAUUUCGUUGGUCACAUUGACGGAUAUAGAUGCGUUGAAUGAACAUCCGGUUUUUCUCCAAACUUCUGAGGAGUGACGUCUUUUUAGAUUAUCAACUAAGGAAAAUGGCGAAGAAAACUUACGAUCUGUUGUUUAAGUUAUUGCUGAUUGGUGAUUCAGGCGUAGGAAAGACAUGUAUACUCUUUAGGUUUUCAGAUGAUGCCUUUACAACGACGUUCAUAUCAACCAUAGGAAUUGAUUUCAAAAUAAAAACUGUAGAGCUUCGAGGGAAGAAAAUCAAACUUCAAAUAUGGGAUACAGCUGGCCAAGAAAGAUUUCACACUAUCACAACUUCAUAUUAUCGAGGUGCAAUGGGCAUAAUGCUGGUUUAUGACAUCACCAAUGAGAAGAGUUUUGAAAAUAUAGUCAAAUGGUUGCGAAAUAUUGAUGAACAUGCAAAUGAAGAUGUUGAGAAGAUGAUUCUUGGUAACAAGAAUGAUAUGGACGAGAAACGAGUUGUGAGCAGAGACAGAGGAGAAGCGAUUGCACGGGAACAUGGGAUCAGAUUCAUGGAAACAUCUGCCAAGGCAAAUAUCAAUAUUGAUCGAGCUUUCAACGAACUGGCAGAGGCCAUACUUGACAAGACAGCAGGGAAGGAUCCCACUGAGGCACCAGAUCGAGUGCUGGUCGAGAAACGAGUGGAUCGAGGUUCGAACCGAUGUUGCUAGGUGGACAGAACUGAAACAGAUAUAGAGAAAGACUGGGAAUUCUACCUGUUAUGUAUAUAUAUGUUGAGUACGUUACCCUUUGUUCUACUGAGGAAUUUUCCUCUUUUGGGGGUCAAUUAAGAAGAUGGGAAUGCUGUCCAAAUGUUUUAUAUUCGUGGUAAUUGUUACAGAAAAGGUUCCACUUAUAACACUGGGUAAUUCCUUUGUUUGCUGACUGGGUCUGGUAAAUCCCUAAUUUGCUGGGGAUAACAUUUAGCUCAGUCGUUGGGACUUUUGUGGAAUUUCUGGCCUUUCUCAUUAUUUGGCCAAGGAACUAACUCAUCCACCAUGGUGCUAGAAAAGACAUUAUGUGGGAUCCAAUAAACACAAAGGGGCACUGAUUUAAGUGACCGAGAGCUAGAAUAUGUGAACUCAUUUACUAUAGAAUUUUUUUGUGAAAACGUAUUUUUUUUGUGUGCGAAUAUGUCAUUCACCAUUCAGUGGCUGCAGGCUCAUAAUAAAGGCAUUUCAACCAAGAGGGUACACUGGAGAUGGCAUAUUUGAAUGUAAUCAUGUGACUGUUAUUUGGGCUAGAAAA